AUGAUGCGGUCCUUUGAACAACUUCUGUUUUCAAAAGAAGAGUUUCAUUAUCUGAACGUAACACGAGUUGGAAUAUUCACUCUGCACGACCUGUUAGAUUGCACAUUUCGAUGUUUAAAAAAUGUUUUGUGCCUUUCAAUAAAUAUGGCCGCCUUCAAAGGAGCAGAUGGAAAGCUGUGGUGUGAAUUGUUGUCUUCUGAUAAGUACAGAGACUCCACGAACUACCAAGAAAACACGAGUUCACUUCAUUUGUUUAUUCAGUCUCCUUGUUCUUCUUCGCCAUGUCAGAACGUAGGAACCUGCAUCCCGAGUUUCCAAUACAAUUCUUACGACUGUCUCUGUGAACAAAGUUUAGCUGGAGAAUAUUGCGAGAAAGUCGUAAAUUCUUGCAAGGAACUGUAUGAAGUCUACAGAUCUGAUGUCAGUAGACUUGUUGCCCUCGGUCUGGACUCCAAACCAGCCUCCGUCCUCUGCCACAUGGGGGAUAUUGAAUGUGGAUAUUGAGGGUAGACGCCAGUAAUGAAGAUUGACGGCAGAAAGACCACUUUUCGCUAUUAUGCACCUUACUGGAGUGAUUAUAAAGGAUACAACCUUCCUGGAGGAGAGACUGGGUUCGACGGACAGGAAUCAAAGGUACCCACCUACUGGAACACAUCCUUCCUCAAGAUCUGUCUCAGCAUGAAGAUCGGACAUCAGCUCAGGUUCAUUGUCAUCCACAAGCAAGCUGACUCUCUGUUUUCACUGAUCGCUGAUGGGCAAUACCGCGCCACCUUACUGGGUCGUGACAAGUGGAAAGAGUUGAUUGGUUCGCAAGGAUCAUUACAGUACAACUGCGAAAAAGAAGGGUUUAAUGUCGUUUGUAGUCGGAGUGGACAUUCUAAAGCCAGAAUUGGUAUUGUUAGCGAAAACAAGAAUAGGUGUGGCUCGUGUGACUCAAGGAUCGGAUUUGGCACAGAAGGGUACCCUGACGCCUCAAACACGUGUGGUAACGAGGCCGUUAUCAAUCCAGAUAAUGGAGACAAACACCUAAAAGCCAUGGGAUACAUCUUGGUACAAUAA